UAAGUUGCCUCGAGUUUGCCACAAAGUAUUUUAAGUGAGAUUGUGCCGACAUAUAGGACUUUUCUUACAAUCUACUUUGCAAUAAGUGAUAUGAUUACAUCAGAUAUGAAAUUCAUGUUUCUUGCAUUUUUAAUUAUUAUGACGUUCUCAGAAGAGUCAGAAGGAAGAUUGCAGAACAUAUCGUCGUUUCUUCAAAACGAAUUCUUAAAUUUGUUCUUUCCUAAGGACCCUGGUUUAGUGAGAGUAAGAAGAAUGGAUCGAGUCGAAGAAAUGAUGAGUGGAAAAAUAUUGGAUUUUAUUGGCUUGAUAGAACGAUAUAAUUAUCCCGCUGAGGAGCACUACGUCACAACGGAGGAUGGUUACAAUUUGAAAAUACACAGGAUACCUGGAAGUCCAUUAUCGGAUAAUAAGAAAAAGAAGGAAAUUAUAUUUAUGCAACACGGUCUUUUGGCUUCAUCUGAUUCCUGGGUAAUGUACGGUCCUGGUAAAGAUCUUGCAUUUUUAUUGACAGAUCAAGGAUAUGACGUAUGGAUUGGAAAUGUAAGAGGAAAUAGUUACUGCAGAUCGCAUGUAAAUAUGACGACAUACGAUCCCAAAUUCUGGCAAUAUAGCUUUUACGAGAUUGGAACAAAAGAUCUGCCGGCCAUGUUCGAUUACAUUCUCAAUUAUACAAAGCAAAAAGAUUUAUAUUAUAUCGGUCAUUCAAUGGGAGGUACUACGCUGCUCACUCUUCUGUCAACAAAACCAGAAUAUAAUAUAAAAAUAAAAAUGGCUAUUAGUCUGGCUCCUGCUUGUUUUUGGAUAAAAGUGACACCUAUAAUUAACGAAAUUGCUAACAUUUAUCCAAUAUUGAUGGAAGUUCUACGAGAGCGUGAAAUAUACGAUUUUUUCCCACAAUCUUUAGCGACUGUUACAGUAGGAAGAAUGUUAUGUAAAGAUAAUACGAUGACUCAAAUUAUUUGCGUCACUGCAUUAUUUUUAAUCGUCGGUUCUGAUCCAGCACAACUUAACACUACAAUCCUGCCAGAUUUAUUCUCCUAUCUUCCAGCUGGUACUUCUACACAAACAUUAGAGCAUUUUUACCAAAAUAUACGUAUAAAUGACUUUAGAAACUAUGAUUAUGGAAUAGCUGAAAACUAUAAGCGAUACAAACAGAAAACACCCCCAAGUUAUGAUCUCAAAAAGAUAAUUGCUCCAAUAAUUAUAUUUUACUCAACAAAUGAUAUGAUUGUUACAGAAGAGGUAACAAAUGCGUUGGAACUUGGCAAACACUUACCAAAUGUUCUUCUAACUGAGAAAGUUCCAUUUAAACUUUUCAAUCAUGCAGAUUUCGUGUGGGCAAUCAACGCGAAAACUCUUUUAUACGAUCGUGUGUUGGAACUAAUACAAAAGUUUGAUACUGACCAAAAUAAGUCUAUGAAAUAAAUUUAAUCGAUAAAUGUAAAUUAAAUGGAGAGAAAUCCUAAACUCUCCGUACAUAUAAUUUGAAAUGGUAGUAAACGUAGAAUUGCUAAAAAAUUGAUUAAAUAACUAUAUGCGUGCGCGCGCGCGCGCGUGUGUGUGUAUUUCUUUAAAUUCACAUAAAAUUUGUCAAUAUAAAAUUAUCAAUUAUUAUGUUAAUUAGGCUAUGUUGUGAUAAGAUUAAAAAGAGAACACUAUGAGAUAAACUACCCAUACAGCAAAAAAUAUUUUGGUAAAACUCCACAAUUACGGCCUAUACGAGAAAUUAAUUGGAAGUAAAUCUUAUGUAUUCUUGUCCCCUGAAUCCGAAACUGUUUGAUAAAACUUGGGGGUCGCUUGUAUUUUCUAAGAUAUCGUCAUGAAAAUGAGAAAAAAUGCGGUAAAUAUUUAGUAUUAAGGAGCCACCCCCAAUUUCCAUAAUUUUGUAAUAUAUUGUCAAGGACAUGACCCUGAGUAACACUUUUCCUUGUAACUUAAUCGGCGGUCAUUGCUUAUUUAAAAGUUAUGAACAAAAAUAGAGAAAUAUAAGAGUUUUGUCGGUUCUGUCAAUGCUAAGGGAAGUAAUUUACUGAUAUGUGUGUAUAGACAGUGCACACUUAAGCGGGAGAGGAGCGGUAGCCCCUCCCCCGCAAGCAGAGAAGGGUGGGAGUGGACCUUGUUUCGCCUAGAAAGUUGAAAACGCGAACCGUUCAAUGAUAAAUCUCGUUUUGCCCUAUAAGCAGAUAUGGGGUGGGAUGGAGUGAACCUCGCUUCGCGUGAAUGGUUUUCUGGACAGCAUUAUACUUUCCACGCAAAGCGAGGUCUCCCACCAACCUCUGCUUGCGGGAGAGGGGCGGCAGCCCCUCUCCCGCCUAUAUGUGUAGGAUAAAGUGCACAUUUCGGAUCAGAUUUUAUAAAUUCAGAUCAGCAAAUUUGUAAUGCCUCUCUAGCCGGCUGUAUUUAUCAUAUGUGGAUUUUUUUCGCUAUUGUCUAUAGCUAUCCCUUAUAGACAACUAGCGAAAAAAAUCCACAUAUGAUAGGUACAGUCGGUUAGAGAGGCAUUACUGCUGAUCCGAAUUAAGAAUCUGAUCCGAAAUAUGCACUUUACCCUACUGUCAAUAUCUUAGAUCAUAACUGGAAGAAGAAUUGCUUAUACCUUCCUUGAACAAGCCUGAUAAAAUUUGGAGCUGUUAUGUGUUUGUUAUGAUUUUCGUAUCGUGACAACACGAGAUCUGUGUUUACUUGAUUUUUCGUCGGACCCUAAAGUAUACAUCUUAUCUUAGAAAAUACAAGCGACCUCCAAGUUUUAUCAACAAUUUCGGAUUCAGAGGGCAAGAAUACAUAAGAUUUACCCCCUGCCAAUUGAUUUCUCGUAUAGGCCCUAAUUGUGGAGUUUUACCAAUAUUUUAAAAAAAUAUUUCUACAUAUUUCUAUAAAAACAU